UUGCCCUCAGGUGUCUCCUAGGGCUCAGCAAGAUGGCGGCACUAGAGGAUGUUGAGGAGUCCCUUCCUGUCUUAGCACUCAGCAGUCUCUCAUCACCAGGGACACCGCACCGUGGAGCACUCCAUGGGCACCCUCAUGGCUCUCCUUGUUCCAUCCCUGAGGUGCCUUCCCACACCGCAGACCCAGACCUCCAAGAAAGAGAAAAAGUAGAGUUCCCCAGAGACCCCUGGCUUGACUCUGAGUGGCAGCCUGAGAAGACUCCAGCAUCUCUCAACUCCUGCAGCAGUCUUGGAGAUGGGCCGACCUCAGAUGGAAGGGCGCUGAGGGGCCUCUUGAAGAGCCUUCCCGGCAUGUCUAAGUGUGGGGACAGUGUUGGCCAGGAAUGUAGCUUGGAGCAGCCAGCAGGCUUGCUUCCAGGAACCAUGCCCUGCUCUCAGAAAAGAGACACAUGGCACUCGGUAUUCUUGCCCCAGGGAGCCCCAAGCACUGAGGGUAGCGCCAAGAAGACUGCUGAAAUGGGCAGUGGUUUGGGUCGAGACUGCCGGAGGGCGGGCUCACGGGGCACCAAGGCACACCGCUGUGAGGCCUGUGGUAAGAGCUUCAAGUACAACUCUCUUCUGCUAAAGCACCAGCGCAUCCACACGGGGGAGAAGCCCUACACCUGUCAUGAGUGCGGCAAGCACUUCCGGAGCUGGUGGGGCUUCAUGCAGCACCAGCGCAUCCAUACAGGCGAGAAGCCCUAUGAGUGCGGCCAGUGUGGCCAGGCCUUUAGCCAAAGCUCACACUUCACAGAGCACCUGCGGGUCCACAAUGGCGAGAGGCCCUACAAGUGUGGCGAAUGUGGUCACGCCUUCAGCCAGAGCUCCAACCUGGUGCGCCACCAGCGGCUGCACACUGGGGAAAAGCCAUAUGUCUGCAGCCAGUGUGGCAAGGCCUUCAUCUGGAGCUCCGUGCUCAUUGAACACGUGCGCAUUCACACGGGCGAGAAGCCCUACAAGUGCGAAGACUGCGGCAAGGCCUUCCGAGGACGGUCACACUUCUUCCGGCACUUACGGACCCACACGGGUGAGAAGCCCUUCACCUGCGGCACCUGUGGCAAAGCUUUUGGCCAGAGCUUUCAGCUCAUCCAGCACCAGAGGGUGCAUUACCACGAGUAGCACUCACCCCAAUAAAGUUUGGGUAAAUCUGCUCUUAGUGAGAUGGGGAUGCUUUACAGGGACACAGCAGGACAUGUCCUGUGUCCAGGUGAGAUGGCUAAAGAAAUUCCACUUUAUGGUAGGUAUUUAACUUGGAACCCACUGGCCAUUUCUCUCUGACUCCAGUUCCUGGAAGAUCCCAGUAACCCCGACUCAGUAACUCCUACCCAAAAAUGUAUAGCCAUGACCAUCUACUUGUUAUGACAUGACUGACUGCUCUUUUGGCUACUGUACCCCACUUGUGCAGACAUUCAGGCCUAUUUUGAGGUCGCCCCUGACUACCUAACCUUGGCAGAGCAGCACAGCUCCUGGCUUGCUUGUGCAGACACUCAAUGUGGGUUUUGCCAUUACAGAUCCUUCCCUCACCACUUUGCACAGCAGUCUCUAGUUUGGCUCAGAGACUGGUGUCCUUCUAGUGGUUUCAAUAAAUGUAUUCCU